UAAACAACUUCAAGAGCCAGAGCCAGAGCCAGACGUCAGACGUGGAUAAAAGUGGGAGCCAUGCCACAUAGGACAACUGUAUGUUGGCUACGUGGACCAAUACCGAACAUGAAACCAGUGCCUGGUUCCCCUAACCUCUAACUACCGAUUGAAGGACCAUACAUGCGAGCUCUCUCGUACACAAUUCACGUACGCUCCGAGGAUUCUGUGUUUCUGUUAUCAGAGAUUCAGAGCUAUGGCAAGCACUACUUCCUCUAUACUGCCCCUAUCAAAGCCAGAUUUUCCAGUCCUGUCCUCUCAAAGAAGCAAGAAGAUUAUAGCGUCAUCAACCAUUUUUUGCAGAACCCGUCUUCAAGAAUAUCCAAUUCUUGGCCGAUUUUCGAAGUUUCAUCGAAUUAGUACAAAUGGGUUUGUUGUACUUUCUCGUUCCAACGAUCAGGUUGAAGAGAUUGGUCUUUCUAGUCAGGAAAAGGCAUGGAGUAAUGACCCCAAGAUUGAAGUUCAAAGCCGUAUGUGGAACUGGAGGGGUUAUUCUAUUCGCUAUCAGUUUUCUGGGAACAGUGGCCCUGCAUUAGUUUUAAUUCAUGGUUUUGGAGCAAACAGUGACCACUGGCGGAAAAAUAUUCCAGUUCUGGCAAAAUCACACAGGGUAUAUUCUAUUGAUCUUAUUGGUUACGGAUACUCGGAUAAACCAAAUCCUCGCCAAGUUGGAGACAGCUAUUAUACAUUUGAAACAUGGGCUACCCAACUAAAUGAGUUUUGUAUUGAUGUGGUUAAGGAUGAAGCAUUCUUUAUUUGCAAUUCCAUUGGAGGACUUGUUGGUCUUCAGGCAGCAGUUAUGGCACCAGAGAUCUGCAAAGGCAUUAUCCUUUUGAAUAUAUCUCUUCGUAUGCUUCAUAUUAAGAAGCAGCCUUGGUUUGGAAAACCUUUAAUCAGAUCACUCCAGAGUUUGCUGAGGAAUACUGCUUUGGGCAAAUAUUUCUACAGAACUGUUGCCACACCAGAAUCUGUGAGGGGUAUUCUUUGCCAGUGUUACCAUGAUACUUCCCAAGUGACAGAGGAACUAGUUCAGAAGAUACUUAAUCCAGGACUGGAACCUGGUGCUGCAGAUGUGUUUCUGGAGUUUAUUUGCUACUCAGGUGGCCCUCUUCCUGAGGAACUUCUGCCUCAAAUAAAGUGUCCUGUUUUAGUAGCAUGGGGUGACAAGGAUCCAUGGGAACCCAUUGAGCUUGGAAGAAACUAUGGGAAUUUUGAUUCUGUAGAAGACUUUAUUGUCCUCCCCAAUGUUGGGCACUGCCCCCAGGACGAAGCACCACAUCUUGUGAAUCCACUUGUCGAGUCAUUUGUGGCACGCCAUGCUACACCGUCUGCUAGUGUCUCCACAACUAUCUGAUCCAGUGGCAUCUCAGUUUGUUGCUGUUUCUUAGUGCGUUCAAGGUGUUUCUGGCUUAUCAAGUUAUCCUUUCUCAAGGCACUGCUAAUCAAAUUCCACGUUCCCUUUUAAACAAUAUAUGUUCAAGCGUGGGGUUAAGCACUUCUUUUUGUGGGGGAGUAUGCUUGAAAAAUGUGGCCUUUCAGCCAACCCGACUACCAUGUCUUUAGAAUCCUUAGACUUGGACCACUCCUAUUUUAAAUCUUCAAAUUUUGUAAUUACAUUUUGUAAGACUAUCUUCUUUUCUGUUAAUAUAUAAUAUAUGAAGUUUUGGCUAA